AUGGCGGGCAUGCCAGUACUGGGUAAUAGUGUAGGGGCCGGCGAGUUAAGAGAAAAUGGAAGUAACCGGUCUUCGAGUAGCGAAUCGCAGCACGACACGUCGCCUCACAGAACACAAGAUCCGGAAAUAAGUUGCCUGAGACCAGACUUGACGACUUCCCUUCCUCUCCGUCGUCCAUAUGAGCCCAACUAUAAGGCUACCGUGCCUACUGUGGCAACACUGAACAGUGGCAUAGUGGUGACGCAUACUGUUCCAUCGUAUGAUGAGCAACGCGCCAGUCCAGCACUACUUACGCGUCAUUCUGGUACUCCAGGUGGCAGAAGCGUGAGGGACGAUGGCUAUUGUUCAGCUGGAAGUACGCCGCGUGCACUUGAUCACAAAUCAACCAAAGGUUCUGUGGUUACAUUGUCUUGUUAUAAAAAAGAGCCGAAAAUUGAAAUCGCUGAAGAAGGUUACUUCACGGAACCGCCAAAAAGGAAUAGGAAACAUAGCAUCAAAGUCAAUUUGACUGAGAAGCCUGACGAUGACCGGGAGACGUGGGGAACUGGAGCUGACUUCCUCCUCUCCAUCAUUGGCUUCGCAGUGGAUUUGGCUAAUGUUUGGCGUUUUCCAUACCUCUGCUAUCGGAAUGGAGGAGGUGCAUUCCUGAUACCAUACACAUUGAUGCUGAUCUUCGGAGCAGUACCUCUGUUCUACAUGGAACUGAUUUUGGGCCAGUACAAUCGACAGGGCCCUAUAACUCUGUGGAAAAUUUGUCCGCUUUUCAAAGGUGUGGGAUUUUGCGCAGUUAUGGUGGCAUUCUACGUUUCUUUUUAUUAUAACGUUAUUAUCGGGUGGGCACUCUACUUCCUCGUAUCAUCAGCUCGUUCAGAACUUCCCUGGCUACAUUGUGACAACCCGUGGAAUACGGAUCAAUGCUGGGACGCCUCAAGACAAAACACAACCAACAAGACUGAUAUAUCAUACCAGGGCCCGCUGUCACAUUUCACACCAGCAUCUGAGUUCUUUCAUCGUGCAGUACUCGAAAUGCAGUAUUCUGAAGGAUUGAAUGACUUGGGUUUCCCAAAAUGGCAGCUCACUAUUUGCUUAGGAAUCGUGUACAUAACAUUGUACCUAUCGCUGUUCAAAGGAGUCAAAAGUUCCGGUAAAGUGGUUUGGAUGACUGCAACGAUGCCAUACGUAGUAUUAUCAAUUUUGCUUGCUCGUGGAUUACUCCUACCUGGAGCGACACGUGGAAUUGCUUACUACUUGCACCCAGAACUGUCGAGGCUGAAGGAUACACAGGUUUGGGUGGACGCGGCUGUUCAGAUAUUUUACUCGGUGGGUGCCGGUUUUGGAGUUCAUCUCUCUUACGCGAGUUACAAUACGUUUCAUAAUAACUGCUACAGGGAUUGUCUGGUCACGACUCUAGUGAACUGCUUCACGUCUUUCUUCUCCGGUUUCGUAAUCUUCACCUACCUGGGUUUUAUGUCACACAAACAAGGAGUUCCUAUAUCGUCUGUUGCUACUGAAGGUCCCGGCCUCGUUUUCCAAGUGUACCCAGAAGCAGUGGCCACGCUGCCAGGAGCAAGUUUAUGGGCUAUGCUGUUCUUCUUUAUGCUUAUUAUGCUUGGCUUGGAUUCUGGGAUGGGCGGUCUUGAGUGCGUGAUCACAGGUCUCUUAGACGCGGCAAGAGCAAGUGGGGCGCGGUGGUUACGUCGUGAACACUUCACACUCUUGGUUGUGUGUCUGUCUUUUUGUAUUGCGUGUAUAAAUGUUACACCGGGAGGUAUCUAUCUGUUCCAUUUACUGGACACCUACGCAGCGGGUAUUUCUCUUCUUUGCUCGGCGCUCUUCGAAGCUGUAGCUGUCUCCUGGUUCUAUGGUUUGAAAAGAUUCUCCGAUGACGUUGAAGAAAUGCUUGGUUUCCGGCCCGGGUUAUACUGGCGGAUAUGCUGGAAGUUUGUCAGUCCUGUAUUUAUUAUUGGUGUGGUCGUCUUUGGAUUAUUGUAUCAACAGCCGUUGGUGUACCAGAAUUACAUAUAUCCUCAGUGGGCUGUGUUUCUGGGCUGGGGACUGGCCUGCUCCUCAAUUAUCAUGAUACCUAUUGUGGCCAUUUACAAACUGAUUUCUACACCUGGAAAUUGUCGACAGCGUAUAGCUUGUUGCAUCUCACCAAUAUCUGAACAUGAAGCUAUUCGAAGUGGUGCACCAGUGUCAAGAUUUACUUGGAGUCAUUGGCUUUAUGUUUAA